GGGCCUGGGGAGGGAGUGGGUGCGGUGCCGACGGUAAGAGUAAUAAGUUCGUGGCCGUGGCCUUGCGAAGGUUGUUUGGAGUUUCUGGAGGCUGGGGUUCGGGACUCUUUCUGGAGGAUGAUGACCAACCCUGAAGGGCAGUCGUGGGUUCAUGCAGGUUUUACAGCUCUUUAAAACAUUGCACAGAACAAGACAACAAGUUUUUAAAAAUGACCCCAGAGCAUUAGAAGCAGCCAGAAUAAAGAUAAAUGAAGAAUUCAAAAGUAAUAAAAGUGAAACUUCUCCUAAGAAAAUAGAAGAGCUAAUGAAAGUAGGUUCUGAUGUUGAACUGUUGCUCAGAACAUCUGUUAUACAAGGCAUUCACACAGACCACAGUACCCUGAAAUUGGUCCCUAGGAAAGAUCUUCUUCUAGAAAAUGUACCAUACUGUGAUGCACCAACUCAGAAGCAAUGAAUUUUCUAGGAUAAAACAAGACUUUGUACAUUUUAACUAUAAAAUGUGUAACUGGCAAAAGUCCUAGAAAUAUUGAAAAUGAAUGAAUUAAAGAGUAACAUCAUAAUUUAAUUCUACAUUAAAAGGACAUUGCUAAGAACUACAGAACAUAGUUUUGGUUUUGGUUUUGAUUUUUGUGGUGCUGGGGAUUAUACCCAUGGCCUAUUCAUGCUGGGUAAUUGCUCUGCCACUGAGCUAUAUCCUCAGCCCUAUAGUUAAGUAUUUUUAAAGGACAUUAGAGAAGAUAAUUUAUUUACAUUGAAAAUCAAAUUUGUAUAUGGGGUAAAAAUGGGAGUUCAUAACCCACUUGAAUCAAAGUGUGAAAUAUGAUAUAUCAAGAACUAUGUAAUGUUUUGAACAACCAACAAUAAAAAAAGAAAAAAAGAAAAUCAAAUUUUAUAAAGUAAAGCUUAGGGAGGUAUAUCAUAUUCACUUCUUUUAGACCUUUAUAAGUGUUCUGCUCUUACCAAAGUUAUUUGAAUAUUUAGUGUUUUGAAAACUUGUAAGUUUUCCUCCCAUGGGAAAUUUAAUUAUUAGAUGUAAAUUAUUAGAUUAAAUUAAUGUUUAGUCUCCAAAUUAUUAAAAUGGCCAAAGGAGUCACGGCUCUCCACAGAAGGUAUUCGUUGUUUCCUGAAUACUGGAAUUAUUUCUGAAGCUAAUAAAUAAUUAUAGCUUUUCUUUUUAGACAAUAGAGAGGUUCUCUGUGUCCUUAUAAAGACAUUUUUAAUCAGUCUUCUAAAGACAGAUGAGUAAAACCUCAAAAUCACUUAGAGUCAUUAUGGAAUAAAGAAACCCUAAUUGUUUUAAAGAAAUGGUGGGCUCAAUCAAACUGGGUAUGGCCUUACUAGAAUUAGCUGUAUUUAGACCACAGUUGACUUUACUGUGCAAAUGUAACAUAUGGCUAUAUUCACUUUGCUUAAAUCAAUAAAACUUAAAUGACUUUU